AUGGCUGUCACUUCCAGAGGCCGACCCUCCCACCUCCAAAUCCCCAGUAAAUGGCGAGACUCGGAAACCAGCCCUAACCGGACUUCCAUUACUGAAACUCCCAACCUUGCCAUGACUCCGAGAAAAGUCCCCGUCGUUUACUAUCUCUCUAGGAACGGCCAGCUCGAGCACCCUCACUUCAUGGAAGUUCCUCUCUCUUCUCCUCGAGGUCUCUUUCUUAGAGAUGUCAUUAACCGCUUGAACUUGCUACGUGGCAAAGGCAUGGCUUCUCUGUACUCCUGGUCUUCCAAACGGAGCUACAAAACCGGCUUCGUUUGGCACGAUUUGUCGGAAAACGAUUUCAUACACCCGUCGCACGGCCACGAGUACGUUCUCAAAGGCUCGGAGCUUCUCGACCCGCCUGUGAACUCUCUGGCUCUCGAAUCAGCGUCGUCGAGGUCCCUGAGACCUCCGCCGGAGGCUGAAAAGUCCGGCGACGAUUUCGAUUCUCCGUUGAUCGUGCGCCGGCGAAACCAGUCCUGGAGCUCGAUUGACUUGAACGAGUACAAGGUGUACAAGACCGAGUCGGUCGGAGAGUCCGCCGACAAAGCUGCCGCCAACGCGUCUACUCAGACCGACGACAAGCGGCACCGACGACGUGUGGUUCGAGAAGAGCGCGACGACAAAGUUCAAGGUCAAAGUCAACAGGAGGUGCUUCAGAUUCAUAGUCAGAGUACGGAGCUGAGCCGGGGCGAGAUUUCGCCUCCGCCGUCGGAUUCUAGCCCCGAAACGCUCGAGUCGCUGAUGAAGGCGGAUGGACGGCUGGUGAUCUACACGAACGGGGCGAGCGAUGAGGGUUUACAUCGGACGGCGGAGGUUUGUCCAGGUGGCAAGAUGAAGGCCUCGUCGGUCCUGAUGCAGUUGCUAUCGUGCGGCUCGAUCUCGUUCAGGGACUGCGGGUCCACGGCGGUGAGGGAGGAAGGAUUCUCGCUGAUUGGGCAUUACAAGGCUAGGCUGCCACGUGGCGGCGCGGGGAAUCAGGUGAGGACUGAGACGGUAAUUUCGAAUUUCGCGGGGGUUAAAUUGGAAGAUAAGGAGUAUUUUAGCGGGAGCUUAAUUGAGACCAAGAAAGAGGCGGUUCCAGCUUUGAAGAGGUCGUCUUCUUACAAUGCAGAUCGGAGUGCCCAGUUGCAAUUGGAGGAAACAGAGAUAGGUGGAGUGAGAGCAAAAUGCAUACCCAGGAAACAAAAGGCACUGCCCAGUAGGAAGGAAAGCAACUACGUCACCUCUUCUAACAGUGUCAACAAUAAUGACCAAGGAGCAGGGAGCAAAAGACAUGAGUAG